AUGGAUCAGAUAAAGGUAAUAUUACCUAAUGGUACUGCUUGUCUCAAUUUACAAAAAAUUCUGAUUAAGAAGCAAACCAUUACAAUAUUACCUAAUAUUAUUCCACUUUCAAAUAUUAAAGUUACGGGUAAAGAAACAUUCAGAAUAUCACCAGAAAAUUUAAACCCUAUAACCUCUUUAGAGGAAAAGAUUAUUUUAACUGAUAUUAUCUACAAUUAUCCAAAAUCAAAAUUUAAUGUAAUACAAUCUUUACAAUUUAGUCCUAUAAUUGCUAAACUAUUCUAUGAACUUAUUUAUAAUGACCUAUCCAUAGAAGAUAUUAAUAAUCGUAUAUAUUUUAAUAAUUCAGAACAUUGGAAAUCUAUUUAUGAAUUACUACAAUUUAGUUAUCAAGAAUGGAAACAUAGGAUACAACAACUUAAAAAGCAGGACAAAGCAAAUUAUCAAAUAAAUAUGCUUAAAGCUGAGGUAGAAAAACUUAAAAGCUUUACAAUACUUGAUUCUACGGAACAUAAUACAAAAAAUAACUACAAUCUGAUAGUAGCUGGUAUAAUAUUUAUCAUGAAGCAGAACAAAUAA